ACCUCAAGCCGUUUUUUACCUCAACCUCACCAGCAGCUUAGACCUCCAACCUCCACCAGCUUCGGCCGCGAGCACGCCCAACCCCACUGCCAUACAACCAUCAUCGCGAGAAGCUUAGACCUCCAGACUCCACCAGCUCUGGCCACGAGCACGCCCAACCCCACUGCCAUGCAGCCAUCAUCGCCGAGCAGCCACCCUCACCCAUUUUCCCCAUCUCCCGGCUCUCAGAUCUCUCCACCACCCUCUCCCAUUUUCUCCAUCUCUGGCUCUGUCAUCUCCUCGCUCUCACACUCUGCAGAUCCACCUCACCAUCUGUCACCCCAAUCCAUCGCAGACCACCCUCGGGCUCUCCCAUCUCAUUCGGCAUCUGCUUCUCACCAUUGUCAAGCUUGCUCAAACCAGUCAAGUGCUUCACUCUGUUCGCCAACCCUCACCGCUCACCCGCAGCUCCACCAUCAUCUUCACAACCAGUAUGUGGUUCAUUCAUCUCCUCACCACUCUCUCAUCUCUCACUCAUCAUCCAGGUCCACACCGCCAGUAGGCUCACUCGCACAGACUCUCCAUUCUCCCUUCCUUCUCGUCCUCUCUUCUCCGCUCACGCUCCCAGAUUCCCUCAUCUUUCUCAGUUUGCUCCGGCCCCAGUCCAGCACACCACUCUCGGCUGCGAGCACCCCAAACUCCAUUCUCCUUCUCUUUCAGAUCCAUACGGAGAUCCGGCAAAUAUCACCAGCUCCAUUCUGGAGCUCCAUUCUCCACUAGUCACUCGUCACCUACAUGCAACCCAGCUCAACCCGCGACCUCUGUUCACCUCACAGCCUCUACUCCUUACUGAGACCACCUUCAACUACAGACCCUUAAGGACUCUACUUGGUUCUCCCACCAUCGCCACCUAACGUCUCCAUCUGCAGCUCCAUCCAACACCUUUACCAUCUCCACCUCUGUCUCCAGCAGCUCCAGGAAGACCCGUGCUCUCCCAUAUAUAUCUGUCCCUCGUCGUCACCACCACCCUCAGCUGUGAGCCACCAAUUCUGGCAAAACCUCCCUUAAACUUCCUGCUCCAUAUCACUGAUCUAGUCUUCCCCCCUUGCUUUUCCGUCAUCCCUGUUCGCUCUGAUGUUCUGCAAGUUCACAGACGAAGGCGCAUGAGACUGGGGUUGAGUUCUCCUUCGUGUUCUUGAUCUUCUGUGGGUUGAAUGGAUUACGAAGGGUCGAUGACGUCGAUUGGAUUUCUCGGGUGGUCUGGAUCUUCAAAUAAAGAAGCAAACUCUCGUUCUGGCAGCAGGAUCGGUUCGGGUCUCACUGCCUCUUCAUUGUAAUCUGUGGUUGCUCGGCUAUUCCAAAUUCAGCCCUAUACGAGCUUCGCCUUGACCCUUGUUCCACCGUCACCAACAAGAACAAGCUUGAGACCGGGAUAAUGAAUCGUCUGCUAUUUUUCUGAUAAUGUCUGGAGCUUGCAGAGGAAGGAGGGGAGAGAAUCACAGUGGCCUCGAGUGGACGAACAGACGGAAAGGGAUGGAAGGUGAUCUAGUUAGACGAGCAGAUCAGGUUCGGAGAUAGAAGGGACAUUGGUAUUGCCCUGUCUUAAGGAGGAAAGAAUGACGGGGGACGAAGGGAGCAAUUUAAUGAUCUGAAGACGUUCUUCCACAUUAGGACUCCAUCAGAGAUCGGUCUCCAGCGUAUGCCAUCAUUACUCUUCGGGUAGUUUGCUGGAAAAGAAGAAGCUUGACGGAGUGAAUUAAAAGGCGAAGCAAUAAACUAUACAAUUUAUAGGAGCUUCAGUCUCAAACAAUCAUGUCUGGGAUCCUUUCUGUCUCACCUUUAGUUUUACCUCAUUUAGUCACAGCUUCAAGGAGGAUUGUUAGAAUGGCUGCAAUUGAUACUGGAAUUCCUAGAUUUUCAUCUGAGUCCAUGGUCAUAAAGCCUCCAUCACACCCUACCUAUGAUUUUAAAGGCAUCAUUAAGCUGGCCCUUGCUGAAGAUGCUGGUGAUCGAGGAGAUGUGACAUGUUUGGCCACCAUCCCAAUUGAUAUGGAAGUGGAAGCCCAUUUCUUGGCAAAGGAGGAUGGUAUCAUUGCUGGAAUUGCACUUGCAGAUAUGAUAUUUGAAGAGGUUGAUCCUUCAUUGAAGGUAGAGUGGUCUCAAAAGGAUGGGGAUUAUAUUCACAAGGGGCUGCAAUUUGGCAAAGUGUUUGGACAGGCACAUAACGUUGUUGUGGCUGAAAGGGUUGUGUUGAAUUUCAUGCAGAGAAUGAGCGGAAUAGCAACUCUAACUAAGGCAAUGGCAGAUGCUGCACAUCCUGCAUGCAUUUUAGAGACGAGGAAAACGGCCCCUGGUCUACGUUUGGUGGAUAAGUGGGCGGUUUUAAUUGGUGGAGGGCGGAAUCACAGAAUGGGUUUAUUUGACAUGGUAUUGAUAAAAGAUAAUCACAUAUCAGUUGCUGGAGGUGUCAUAAAUGCUAUCAAAUCUGUUGACCUAUAUCUAGAGCAAAGGAGUCUUCAGAUGGAGGUUGAGAUUGAAACCAGGACACUUGAGGAAGUAAAGGAGGUAUUGCAUUAUGCAUCUGAAAAAAAAACGUCCUUGACCCGGAUAAUGUUGGAUAAUAUGGUUGUCCCACAACCAAAUGGGGAUAUUGAUAUAUCUAUGCUUAAAGAAGCUGUGGAUCUAAUCAAUGGGAGAUUUGAGACUGAGGCAUCAGGCAAUGUUACGCUUGAAACAGUACACAAAAUUGGACAAGCAGGGGUGACCUAUAUAUCUAGUGGAGCACUCACCCAUUCUGUGAAAGCACUCGACAUCUCUCUCAAAAUUGAUACUGAGCUUGCCCUUAAAGUGGGAAGGCGUACUAAUCGAGCAUGAUCAUGGUUUGUUUUAUGUUGUGCUUUUUAAUCCCCUUAUUUAUCAGUUAUGUUGAACUGACGUCCAACAAGAAAGGAAAAAGUAUUUCAUGAGACUUUUUGUCAGACUUUCUUGUAACACAUCAAGAACAAGAGGACACAUGCUUAAAAAAUUGUUAUUAAAGAUCCUUCAGUGCA